GCUAUUUUUGGGUGUCGAAGUGAGAGAUCAUCAAGGGAAAUCCAAUCAUGGCUGGGCCCGGGAUUAUCCCGAGUUUCCUUUGCCUACUGUCCUUACUUUUCGCAGUGAAUGCGGUAGCCGCCACCUACGUUGCUCCCAGCACUGCAGCUAAUGGCAGUGCACAUGACGUUGAACCCACCUCGUCUCCACCAUACAACUGCCUUGUGCAAUGGCUGAUAUUGGCAGGUGCUAGUCCUACAGAGGCGCAGACUUACGCGGCUUCGGCGGGAGUCGUCAAACUUAAGCUGGACGAGAUGAAAAUAUCUACACUCGGGGAUAUCGUACUGGAGUUGCUACUCGCUUUCAAUUCCAGGCUGGUGAAUAAUCUGAAAAUCUGUGUCGCUCGCAAUGCAAGUUGCCCUACGGACUUAGCAUCUGUGACACCUCCUUGUGGUGAAGGUGGCACUUGUCGGCAUCAUUCUAGGCAUGCCAAACCCACAUGUGUAUGUCCACUCGGUCUAAGAGGCCAACAGUGUCAGUCUGAUGUCGACGAGUGCUCGGAUGCAUCACUCAACAAUUGUGCAGAUCCUGCCAUUGCCGUAUGUUUGAACACACACGGAUCGUUUGCUUGUGAAUGUGCUAAUGGUUACUAUGGUGAUGGUCGUAUAUGCAAAGAUGUCAACGAGUGUACCUACACACCAUCACCCUGUCAUGAACAUGCUAACUGUAAUAACACUCUUGGAUCGUUUACAUGUACGUGCAAGAAUGGUUACCAUGGAAAUGGUCUCCACUGCCAAGCCGAUAUCUGCACGUCAUCUCUGGAUUCCAACCUUUGCCGUGAGGUGAAGUACCUAAAGCAGCAAAACAAGCAAGUGGACAAAAAAAUUGAUCAGCGUGAUCGCCAGAUGUCUAGGCUUCUGUACGAAUUUCAUUCGAUGGCCACGGCAUUCAGGGCCUACCAUGAUGAGAUUACAAGUAAUAUUAACCCAGACCGCAGUACAUUCCAAGAGGAGAUUUCCAAUACCAUACAGGAAAUGCGCAGCACACUGAAUGCGGAGAAUGAUCGCUUGCGAGAGGAUGUUCUCGUAACAAAAUCCGAACUCCAGCAAACAAAAUCCGAACUCCAGCAAACAAAAUCCGAACACCAGCAAACAAAAUCCGAACUCCAAGAGACCAAGGCAAUGGUGAAAAACAUCAAGGCUGCGUUGAUUACAAGCAACGCCAUGGUUAUCGAUACCAAAGCAAUGGUCAAAGACAACAAGGCGGCAUUGAUUGAUACCAAAGCAAUGGUGAAUGACAACAAGGCCUCAUUGAUUUUUACCAAAGCAAUGGUUAAUGACACCAAGUCAGAUCUCCUCUCCACUUUCUCUACUAUGGCCACCAAAUCUCAACUGCACACUGCCAAGAAACACCUCAACAUGGAGGUGGAUGCGAUGAGGAGCGAUCUUACUAAUGUGGAACACAAGCAGAGCACCACAUGCGGUAUUGUUGCAUGGAAAACAUUCCGGAAAGAAACAGGAACCAGUAGAGUUAACCCAAUGAAUGUAAUUUACAACAAGACCAGAGCAGACACUGUGCUACGUAUCAUGUACACGGCAACGUUUGGAUCAUAUCAUUCCUCAACAUGGACAGAUUUCACUAUCUCUAUUCUCAUCAACAACACAGACUGUCAAGAUCCUGGUCCUAUUAAAAGUGGCGUGUCAAAUCAUGCUACAGCAAGUGCAAAUGUUUUCACCAUACUUCCAGGAGCAAUCAGUGGUGUGUGUCAUAUCAAUACUGCAGGUCCAUUGCGCAUCACAACUAAACUAGCACUCAACAGUGGCAGUUACAUGUACGAAGGGAACUACCAUAACAGUGCUCAACGCAUCACGUCCAGUCUUCACGUUGAAGAAAUGUGUCCCAAUGGAAUUGAGUAAAAACCAUUUUCCUCAUCCAAUGCAUGCAUGCACAUGUACAUCUAAAAAUAAUUGCUAUUCAAGUCGUCCUGCAAGUACUUCUUCUUACACAAUAUUUGGAUACUGGUGUCUCACACAAUAUCAAAGUGUUGUUUUCAGAUUUUCUUUUCCUGCUUUCAUUUUUUUGAUGAUUGUUUUUUUCCAACGUUUGAUACAUCUGACACAACAUAUAUACAGUAGUAACGUGACCAUGUUUCGAUUUACCGACAACUUAGUUUGUUCCUCAUUCUUCCUUCCAUUUGGCAAAUGCUUGUUUUUAUACAUUGCGUAAUUACUCAGCUUUAUUAAUAAUAAUAGGUUGUGCUUUCUAUUGCUUUGAAGUUUUAUAAGUUCGUUUUCGAAGCAGUCUCUUUGGUACAACGCUUAUUGUCACAUCAUGUUUUAGAGUCUUUCACAAGACAUGUAUCACAUAUUCACCCUCUGUCCAAACGAACUACCGGACUUAUGCAUCUUAACCGGUCCUGCACCAUAUCCCCCCCCCCCCCCCCAACCACCACCACCACCCACCCAUAACCCCCCACGCCCGACACGCACAAACACCAUAAGCAUUCUCAAGUACACUUCCACGGACGCAUGCACUGUUCUGCUUGUCACGUGCAUUGCAACAAUCACAGCAUUCUUCAUCAUUGUUCUGCAUUCACUUUCUCAAUUUCCUUCAUCAACACAGCCUCUCGUUGA